UUGCAGAGGGCACCACAGCAAAAGCACAGGGCACCACAGCAAAAGCACAGGGCACCACAGCAAAAGCAAGUGGAUAGAGAAAAGACUAAUGUGGAGGGUCAAAACAUACAAUAAGGCUGUUAAGUUGCACAUGUUUGAAAUGCUGCAUUGUGUUUUAGGAGUAUUUCCGGGAUUCAAUACAAUAAAUUCAUAGUAUCCCAUGUACAGCCAAAGUCGAGCAAUACUCCUUUGGCUCACACUAUGCGCUUAGAUCAUAACAUGUACAACAGAGGUCAGAAAUGCAUCAGCAGUGAUUCAAAAAGUACCAGUAGAAAUCUAGAAUGUGCAAGUAUGUAAACAACACUUCAAGAAGUGAGAGUGAAGGUGGGUAGCAUGUGUACAGGUGACUGCUUUGUUCCAACACCCCUAUAUGUUCUGAUGACAACCCCAUGUUCCAAUAACCUCAUGGAUUCACAUAGUAAGAUAAAGGUUGGAAUUACAUGAUAGGAGUCUUAGUGCUUUGUGAAAUCUCAUUCGUAGUACUCUACAUAAUGUUAUGUAUUACAUUUUCCUGAACCAAUAAUUGUAUAUUAUGUGUAUGUAUGCCUACUUGUUUUUAAAAAUGAAACUCAGUUUCCUUUUAAAUGAUUUCCUGUACCUUACUGUCUGUGUUUCAGUUUCUCAUGCAUGUCCAAGGAAUUGUUGACUGCUUACUUUAGGCCUACCGUCUGACAUUCUGUAUUAUUGAAAGUGUUUGCAAUUAAUUUGUCUGAAAGUUUUCAGGUUUGUAUGAUAUUCGGAAAGUUGGCAUGGUAUUAUAUAAUUAUGUUGAAACUUCAACUGUUGCUGUUGUUUGUAUUUUACUAAUUGGUUUGUCUUUUAAGAGUGAAUACGUCAGAGUUCAGGGUGCAAAAAAAACUACAUGAAGCACUGCAGUUCAUAAUCAGAAUCCUAUUUCCUAAGUGACCUUGUCAGAAGAAAACAAGAUGGCCGACUUAGAAACAACACAGAAUCUGACACCAGAGGGGCAAAUCCCAACAGACAACCAUGAUGACCAAACAGAGAAACCACCGACAGAGCCAAGCAUCACAAGCACCUCUCGGAUAGCAGACCUGAGCAUGGACUCCCUGCCCAACGUUCUGCCGGAGCUGUGCGAAUUUGCUCCAUUGGAUUUCAUCUUGAAACAGUUGCCGCAAAAGGCGCAACGAGCACAGCGUGCCUUGACGGCCAUCACGGUGGAAUUUACUUGCAUGGAUGCCAACAAAGACUUCAUUGUUCUUGGCACUAACUUCUCCAUGGUGUUCGUGUAUGACCGCUGUGAGAACUCCAUCAUCAAGUUGAGAUGUGAUGAUAGGAACUGUCGGAUCACCUGCGUGAAGAUCAUGACUAGUCUCGAUCAUCAAAUAGCUGUGGGUACCUCAAGCGGUCAAGUAGAGAUCUACCUGCUACCAGCUAAGAGACCCGGCCAAACCACUAAAGAGCUGAAGAAGUUUUUCGUGGAUGGAGGACAUCGAAGCAAUGUGACGUGCGCUGAGUGGAGUGCCAAUGGAAUGAAGCUUUUUACUGGAGACUCCAUCGGGAAUGUGGUUUAUACUGCUGUGGACUUUUAUGAGAAUAAAUGUCACUCAGAACUCAUACUCAAGGAAGAGAUGCCGAUUGUACAGCUCAACUACGCCCACAAGAUUCUGAUCAUUUCCACUUACAGUAGAACCGUCUUGUGUCAUACUGAUGAGAACUACAGACUUCAGCAGGUUGGACAGCGUCCUAGGAAGAGCAAAGGUUACUUUGGUGGUCAUUUCAUCCCAGCCCUAUGCGCGGCUCGUGAUGCAAUCCUCUGCGCGACCCGUCCCGGCUUGCGACUCUGGCGUGCCAACACCGAUGGCACCGUACUGGAGACGCUGAAAUUCAAACAUCUCCUCGCCGGUGUGCACCAGACCAUUAUGCUCCUGCCUUCUACCAGACAGCAGGUCCAGACGGCCACCGACCAGCAGUUUGGACCCGUGCUAUUCUUCAACGAGUCCUACAUCCUAACGUGGUCUCACAAUCUCUUGGUGGUUCUUGACAUGGUUGGACCUAGUGGGGCGAGGGUCGUGGCGAGUAGCCUGGGAGACCUUGGGAGUAUCAUCUCUGUGGCGACGUGUGGAUCGGAGAUUUACGUGCUUAGGAGAGGGUUAGAUAGGCCGCUGGUACGGAUCGCUAUGGAACCUGAAGUCUUCCCUCUGAAAGAGCACAUCAGUUUGGCUGAGACUGAACACCUCAAGGUUUCACGACCAGGAACAAACAGCGGUACUAACAGCAACACCAGCAGUCCAAGCUUGCCAAGGAAGGACCGAGGCUCCAACAGCAUCAAGCAGGGACUCUUUGCCGUCAAGACUCUCUUCAGUAAAGCCAAAGAGGAGAUCGUAGACACAACGGCCAAGCUUAAAGUGCCAAAGUUUGGCAAGCUUGACCAAGAAGACAGUCACAGUGCAGGGUCGUCUCGGCGAGGAAGCCAAGAUGGCCUGACCGCGGUGUGUCAGACUCCGGAUGCGACCAUCUCACCGGAGAUCAUCGCUGCCCAGUUUGCCGCCAGAGGAAACGAAACUGUCCAUCAAGUUUCUCCUGGUGCUUUAGAAAGGGACCACAAUGUCGUUGAACACACGGAGGAGCAACCCAGUGGGGGACCCGGUGCGUUAGCGUCGGACCAGACUGGAUUGGCCCUGACCGGAGAGUCGCAAGCAGAGGAGGAGCAGCUCCCGAAUGAACAUCCAAUGAUAACUCUCAAUGAGAAGAAACUCAUGGAGAUCGGCCAGCGGAGCUUUGAUGAUGAACUCGUCCGUCCAGUCAAGCAUUCCAAAAAGAAGAAGAAGAAAUCAACUCACAAAGGUAAAAAAGACCCUUCAGAUCGAUCAGCCACCCCGUCCCCUACUCCAGAGGACAGCAACGGCUCAUCAAACUUUCCGAAAACCCAAACUGUUAAUCCUAGAUCUGAAAUUGACAAAAGGAGAUCCGAUAGCUUGAAUAGUGACAGCUGCAGUGUCCGAUCAGACAGAAGUUCAAGUGACAGCAAGGAGCCUCGUCCAGAAAUCCUCAGCGUUCCAGGCCUUGAAGUCGUCCAGCUAGAUUCCACAGGAUCAGACAGCCUGAAAAUGGAAAGCGGGAACAUGCAGACAGAUUGCAAAAACAUGGAAUCCAACUCGAGAACUCCUGAGGUCCAGGAGCUAAAGAACGACACAAGUGCACCGAGUAAAGAAACUAGUCUACAUUCAGAGAGCAUGAGGACUAGAAAUGAGCAUACCAAAGAGGACAUCAAAGAUGGUCAAAGUGCUUGGCCAGAGGGUGUAGUUGCUUUCAGUAGAGGAGGUUUGGAAAGGAUGGUAACAGGAGUGGUUGCAGACAGUAACGAAAACAUUGAAACCAGACUAGGUUCACCAAUUCUGAACACCAUGUCACUGCCCAGUGUUAUUGGUGUGAAUGAUUUAGCAAGAACGCUCAAGUCUUGGGAAGGUGCUGAUGCAAUGAGUCAGGCACAGAGUACCCAGAUGGGACAUCCAGCACAGAGUCAGCAGACGGGACGUACUUAUACCAUUUCCACAGACAGCAUUCAUUCAUUAGUGUCCGAUGAUGCAAACUUAAAACUGGAUCUUCACAAAGAAGUACCUUCAGAUGCGCCUGGCCCUCGUGAGCAGGAGCAUAGUAAUGCAGAUAUCUUGCCACCUGCCGAGAUGAACAGUGACAAAGGAACAACUGUCAAUAAGGAAUCGGCAUUGUCCAAGGCUGAUUCCACCGAUGAUGAGUUUUAUGGGAAGUAUUUCUCCCAGUCUCCGAGCAGCGACAGCAGCCCACCUGGAAUCUUCGCCAUCGAGGAGGCAAAUCCCCCGGGAGAUGUCGAGGAAGGAAUGCUAGAAGACACCCCGAUCCCGGAGAACAUCCAGCAGAGGUUUGCCGGCAGCUGGAUGCAGUGCAACACGCCCGGCUUCAUCUUCCAGCUCAUGGUGUCUGACAAACACAUCUGGUGUGUGGACAACAAGGACAGAGUCUACCACUCUCUGGUGUCCAAUGUCAGCCUCAAGUGGAACAAACUCAAGGAAUCGGCGAUGCAGAUUGCAACUUCUCCGUCCGGAAACAUUGUUUGGCGUCUGCAUCGGAGGACGAACACUGCCUUCGCCUGUGCCCCAAUCAGCCCUCAGUGCCCGAUCGGUACCAAGUGGUACGAGGCUGCUAGAGGGAUCAUACACAUCUGCUUGGAUGAGACCAUGGCCUGGCUAGUCCUUAACAGCGGGUCGAUCUGUGUAUGCAAGGGUAUCAGCCGUGAUGUACCAUAUACAAGGCCACAAAAGGCUGCGAGUGAUGCCUUUGUGACACAGAUUGCAGCAAAUCGGGGUGUGGUGUGGGCCAUUGGGUCUAACAAGAUGGUUAUGUACAGGAGUGGCAUAACUCGGAAGAGGCCCGAAGGCACUAAGUGGAUGGUUUUUGAGGAUUUAAGUUUCAAACUGAAAUUUGCAAGCAUCGCCCUGGACAGUCGAAAUGUAGGCUGGGGUAUUGAUGAUGAAGGUCUAGUCUGGUUCCGGACAGGUGUUACACCCAACAGUCCCGAAGGAGAUGAUAAGAAAUGGUGGCAGGUCCCUAUGGGUGAAUACCUCAUGCAAGAUCCCAAUACCUUGAAGAUGUUGCUGAAUAUGGCGGGCACCAACGCCACUGUAGACCGCAUGACCAACUGGCUGAAACGCCAGUACUACAGAGCCACUCAUAUAGCAGCCAGUGCAGGCAGCCUAUGGGUCUGUGGUUCAUAUCACUACAAGAGCUCUCUGCAUGUAUCCAAAGGAAAUUUACUAGGUUCCCGAUGGGAGAGUGGUUGUCCGGCCGGCCUACCUUUAUCCGCUGUCUGGGUCACUCUGAGUGCUACAGGGGUGUACGGUCCCAGUGGAACUAUUUGGGCGGCCCUCAAGUCUGGUGAGGUCUUCUGUUUCCCUCCAGACACGCGCAAACCUCUCCAGGUUGAUCCCCCGAGGGCGGGUGCCGUCUUCAAACAUCUCAGCGCGACGGCAGACACGCUGUGGGCCCUUACGGAGGAGAGUUAUAUCUACGUUCGGCAACGCAUUACGGAGAGGAGUCCACAGGGACUGAGCUGGAAGAAACUCAACCUGGACCAGCUAGGGCCAUGCAAGUUAGUACACUUCUCCUGCGGAGCUGAUGUCGUCUGGGCGUGUGACAACGAGGGCAUCAUCUACCUGCGCAUCGGCGUGGAUAUCCCCAAUGAUGUGUCUCUUCCUGCAGCCUGGGUGCCUGUAGACGGUAAGGCGGUCGGGUACGGGGCGCACUUUGUGCAAGUCUUCUGCAGCGUCGACAACCGCCUCGUAUGGGCUAUUGACAGCAAGAAAACUGUGUAUGUGAGAAAGGGCAUCUGUGAUGGGCUGCCUCUUGGACUGGAGUGGGAGGUUGUGGAAGGAACUCAAGCUGUUCAUCUGUGCAUUAGUUCUAGUACGGUGUGGGCGUUGUGUCCAAACGGGGAUGUGGCGUGUCGCUUUGGUAUCACGGAGAGGAACUGUGUUGGCGAUUACUGGAAGAAAGUACCUGGCAGCUACACAUACCUUUCAGUGACCCAAAGUGAUGACCUAUGGGCUCUCAGCAGUGAAGGGAAGCUCUUCCAACGUUUCACUAAGAUGUUUCAUAGACGUGGGUUACCACAGAUUGAACAACAGGAAUCACCACUAGCUGAGGAUGAUUGGGAGUUACUGUAAGGAGAGGUUCAUUAACUGCUAUCAAGCGUAAGAUUCUUCCUACUUUAGUCUGUACUUCUGACUUGUAUUCUUGGAAAAAUCAGAAAACUUUGAUA